GUUUUAUGCAGUUCCAAUGACCCGUUUCCGCCUCCUGUUGUACUGUCUCGUAUGUACUGGUAAAGAUGGAGAGCGGAACUGGGAUUGAGAGUUUACAGCUGAGGCUUGAUGACUUGGAAACAAAGCUGUAUGGCGACCGAGGAGUCAGGGCCAGCAAGUCGGCAAAGUGUGCUGAUGCUCUGGUUAAAGUCCAGGCUUCCCUAGGCAACACUGCUAACAAGAGAGAGCGUGUCAAGAUUUUGCACAAGAAGAUUGAAGAUUUGUUGAAGUACCUGGACCCUCAGUUCAUUGACAAGAUCACUGUUCCAGAUGCCAUUAAAGUAGAGUUCAUCCUUGCAGAGGAGGAGUUUAUCCUCUCACAGGCAAGCCUCCUGGAGCAGUUGAGUGGACUGCGCCCUCUGCUGGACAGUUCGCACAUUAAAGUGGUCCCUGAGCAUGCAUCCAAGCUGCAGUCCCUUUCGCAGAUACAUGUCCAGCAGCAGGACCAAUGUAAAGACCUGACCAAGGAUGUGAAGAUGCUGUUUGAAGACUACAACAAGAUGAUGUUCCUCCUGUCCAAGCAGUUUUCCCAGUGGGAUGAGAUGCUGAGGCUGUUGGAAGCAUCCAGCAAGUGAAGGCAGUGGAGUGAUGCCAUUAUGCCAUCCUCUGAACAACUCUCCCUAAAAAAAAAAAAAAACACUUUUCCUCUUCCUGACUGCUUGUAUAUUCAAGUGCACUGUCUUUUUGUUAAUUUUAGACACUAAUUGGGUUGCCUCUUUGCUGACCACUGUUCUUCACAGCAGUGCACUGCAUUGUUAGUGCAGGGUAGGGGAUUGUAACAGUAUAGGGCUCAUGUAGCCAAGCAUUGCUUCCUCCUUUGUAAAUGGAGAAGAGAAAUUUAAAGCUAUUCAGCUGAGAGAUAACUGAUAAUAUACAUGUUGUUCAUCAGAACUAAAACUGUAUUUUAUAAAGGACCACAUUAAAUGUAACUUAAUAAA